AUGCGAGUCGGUGGGAGAAUCGAGCAAUCUACACUCAACUACAACGCCAAGUACCCGAUUCUGAUACCUAAAGAUACACCACUAGCUGGACUGCUGGUUCGACAUUUUCAUGUCUCCUAUCUGCACACUGGAGUUGAUGCAACGUUCACCAAUCUUCGUCAGCAGUACUGGAUUCUGGGAGCCCGCAAUCUCGUCAGAAAGGCAGUCUUCCAAUGCAAAUCCUGUUUUCUUCAACGAAAGGGCACAAGCAACCAGCUCAUGGGAGAGCUACCAAUUCCUCGAGUUCAAGCUAGCCGCUGCUUUCAACACACAGGGCUGGACUACGCUGGACCGAUCGCAAUCAAGGAAUCAAAAGGAAGAACUCCACGCAUCGGAAAGGCAUGGUUUUCUAUUUUCGUGUGCCUCACUACAAAGGCACUCCACAUCGAGGUUGUUAGUGAGCUAACUACACAGGCUUUCAUCGCAACCUUUCAACGAUUCAUUGCCCGCCGAACGAAGCCUACUGACCUGUAUUCGGACAACGGAACUACAUUUCAUGGAGGCAAGCAAACUUUGGAUGACAUGAGACGUCUGGCCAUUCAACAAGCCAAAGAUGAGGAUCUAGCAGGAUUCUUUGCCAAUGAAGGGAUUUCUUGGCACGUUAUACCCCCGUCUGCUCCCCAUUUUGGAGGGAUGUGGGAAGCUGGAGUUCGCUCAAUUAAACUCCAUAUGAAACGGAUACUUGGAUCAAAGGCUUUAACGUUUGAGGAGCUCUCUACUGUCCUGACCCAAAUUGAAGCUAUCCUGAAUUCACGCCCGCUGUGCCCAACUGGGGAUAAUUCUUUGGAUCCACUGACGCCUGCUCAUUUUUUGACUGGAUCUCCGUAUACUGCAUUGCCUGAACCCUGUCGUCUGGAUAUGCAAGUCAAUCGAUUGGAGAGGUGGAAUCAGCUGCAAGCCAUGGUUCAAGGCUUUUGGAAAAGGUGGCAUAUGGAAUACCUGACAUCUCUUCAUGAGCGGACAAAGUGGCAUCUGGAAACCGAGAAUCUGAAGAUCGAUACACUGGUAGUACUCAAGGAGCCCAAUCUACCGCUCUCUAAAUGGAUUCUUGGCCGCAUCACCGCAGUGCACGCAGGAAUCGACGACAAGGUCCGAGUCGUUACAGUGAAGACUCCUCACGGAUUAUACAAACUCCCAAUUGCCAAAAUCGCUGUACUGCCUCUCUGCUGA